AUGUCGACGACGACGGAGCGCGAUGGGAAGACGAAAGUUUUGUGCCUGCACGGAUUCGCCCAGGACGGGACGACUUUUCGAGCGAAGAUUGGGGCGAUGAGAAAGCAGUUGAAGAGCGCGUGCGAGUUUUACUUUCUGGAUGCCCCGCACGACGUCGCCGGGGCGUUCGACGCGGAUGGGGCGGAGAUGCGGGAGCUCGGGGCGUCCAACGAUGCCUCUGGGUCGUUCGCGUGGUUCACGAGCGGGGAGAACGCGAGGGCGGGGGCGACGCGGGCGAGCGACGACGGGUGGACGCGACCGGCGCUCUCGCGCGAGUACGACGGUUUGGACGAGACGUGCGAAAAAAUACGGGCGUUCGCGUUGGAACACGGCCCGUUCGGGGGCGUGAUAGGAUUUAGUCAGGGAGCGACGAUCGCGCUGGCGGCGCUGGCGAUGAUCGAGGAGUUAAGGGGGAGCGCGCGAUGGGCGGUGCUCGUCGCCGGUUUCGAGCCUUUAGACACAGUCUUGAAGUCAGCAGCGCGCGAGGCGACGCCGAUAGCGAUCAAGACUCUGCACGUGCACGGUGAGAACGAUAAGUUGGUGACGCGUGAGCGCAUGAUGGCGCUCGCUGAGCACUUCGAGGAGUCUCAGCGAGAGUUUUGGUUUCACGAAGGCGCGCACGGCGUCCCAUCCACGGCGCUCGCGAAACAUAUGAAAGCGUGGCUCCAGGUUCAGAGGUGA